AUGGCGCAUUCCUUCCACCCGUCUCAAGCCUCCAUGACGGGCUACACUCAGGAGCCGCCGCCACUUUCAGCAUAUUCAAUCUUGGGUCAGAAUCAGUAUCCGGAGAGCGUUGCGCUUUGGCACAGUCCAUCAACCCAGCCGCAGCAAGAGCCGCAGUCGCAGUCGCAUAUUUCUGCAGCUCCAUACACACCAGCCACCCCCAAAACGCCCUCUCUUCUUCAGCCACUACCGGAUCAGAAAAAGCACAAACGUACUCGAAGCGGCUGCUUUACUUGCCGAUCCCGUCGGAUCAAGUGCGAUGAGAAUCGGCCGGUCUGUGAACGAUGUCGAAAAGGCAACCGAGAGUGUGUCUACCCUACUUCAACAACAGGCCCAGCUUCGAAAUCUGCACCUCGAACCGUAGCCAAGACCAAGGCUUCUCGACCGCAAUCCCGUGGGAGUGACUCUUCGGGCCAUGUUGAGGCGGAUGAGGCUACUAGCACAUUAGAACCCAUUGUGGAUGAGGGAGAGGAGGCGGAAGGUAGCCCGGAGUCAAGUACCUAUCAAUCGCCGACUACGACCUCAGGGCCCACCAUUCCAACUGGAUCGAAAUCUAAGUUACCUAAAAAGAAGAGCAACCAAUCUUUACGCCGACGGAAAGCGAAACCACAGACCGUGACAACCACGGACCCACUGCCCGGUCGCAAGGAGAGCAGCAGCUCACCUUCAACGGAGGCCUCGUCCCGGUUUGGAUCAAUCAGUGCACGAUCGGACAGCGUUGGAUUCUAUCCUUUCGACGCUGUUGGUGACCCUAGCACGGCCCACUUGCCCGAGGACAUCCGUUUCUACCUCUCGUAUCACAAGGACUCAAUAAACUAUCGACACUAUUUCUUGCAGUCCCGCAGUGCUAACUUUGUGAGCCAAACCGUCAUCGGCUAUGCCCUACAAUAUGAGCCAUUGCUGUAUGCGAUCGUUGGAUUCUCGGCCUACCAUCAUUGCGUGCAUACUAGUACAGGAAAGUUGUUCACGUUUCUUAAAUACUACAACAGAGCUUUAUCACUCUUGCGGAGAUCACUAGGCUCUGGCGAACCGUAUAGCGAAGCAACACUGGCUACUGUGCUCGUGCUCACUACGUUUGAGGAAUUUAUAGGUGAUUGGGUCAAUCUAAUUGACCACCAUCAAGCAGCUCAUGUCUUGAUUCGAGAGCUUCUAACGCCUGACUCGGCCAGUUCGGAUGACAUUCACAGGCAUCUUUUCGAAUGGUAUGCUCGAUUUGAUAUAGUAGCAGGCAUUGUUUCGGGAAACGAAAUGGUUCUAGGAAGAGAUUGGUAUAUCACGCGAGAAGAGCAUGACGCCAGGGAAGCUGCUAGCAAUCCGGAUGACAUUGAGAAACAACUAGCCUUCACGGCCUCGAUUAACCGUCGCUUUGGCCUGGACAUGGCAUCGUUGUACGCUAAACUGUCACGGGGCAUGAUAACUUUCGAAGAAUUCAUGGUUGAGAACGAUAAGCUCGGCCAGAGCUUGGAACAGAUCAAAGACAUUCUGAGUCGGUUCGCUACAGAAUACGUCAUUCAAAGCUACCCUGAUCAGAAGCCUUUGACUGAGGAUGAUCUCGUGGAUCCUUAUGUGCCUGGUGGUUUGCACUACGGCCCGUUGUGGGAUGCCAAUUUUGCUUGGAUUGACUAUUACUCCACAAAGGCCAUGUACAGGUUCCAGUUCAUCAUGACUACGCAGCAGGGUACGAUGGAUGAAUUGUUGGCCCUGUCGUACGAACAGGUUCGUUUAAUCGAAACCAUUGAACGAUGGCCGGACAAGGAGAAGGGGUAUAUUUUCGGAUUCAAGAACAGCAUUGGGAUGGCAAGCUUGUUCUUCCCGAGGGAUAGUCGACAUCUUAACUGGAGCAGAGGGAUUUUCGCUCACAUAGAGCGGCAGGGCUAUGUUAUUGCCCCGAAAUUCCGAGCUGCUCUAGCUGCCAUCUGGCAAUUACCUGAAAUCAACCACUGGUGGCUUUCGGACGACUCGAGCUAUCCAACAAUCAUCCGAGAGGUGCGCGAGAUGACCGAAGAACGAACAAAUAACCCACGAGAUGAUUACCGAGAAAGUGUGCGCGACAUGAAAGCUGUCUUUGGGAAGCUUAAUCUCGACGAGACGGAGAGUGAAACGAGUCCUCCUGCCGUCACAGAUGUCUCACGACCCACAGGCUCGAGUCAGUAA